CCUCAGUCCUCACUGUAUAAAUUGGGACCAUUUUUUCUCUUUUUCUCAUUCUGAGGCACCCCUUUUGGAAGUUUCUCUCACUCUUGGUUUAACAUUAGUCCAUCUUUGAAAUGUUGGGGAAACUGUGCCCAGUUCUCCUGUUUUUGUGCUUCUCUGGUACUGAUGCUCGUAUAUGGGCCUGGAUGCUCAACAUGCCUCACAGCCCUCCCAAAGAAGGAGCUAAAACACUUAAAGAGAGGGCACCAUUGGCCAAAGCGCUCACAGCUGUGUGCGACAGUGAUAGAGCUUGUGAACGUGGUUUUUCGUGUGAUCGUCACUUCGGUCUUUGUGUGCCUUUACGCGGAGAGGGCCAGUACUGUAGGAGGGAUGCUCAGUGUGUCCGCGGACUCACCUGCAUGUUUGGGAAGUGUCACCGCAGCAUUCCCAAUGGACAAGAAGGCUCCAGGUGUAAAGCUGACAAAGACUGUGGGGCUUCGAUGUGUUGCGCUAGACAUCAUGGUGAGAUGGUGUGCAAAAAGCGGCUAGUUCGUGAUGAGAGUUGUUAUGUUCCUGAUGGCGGCCUGGCAUUCAGCAUCAACCAGAUCUGCCCGUGUGAGGAAGGUCUGCUGUGUCGUGAAAACAGCACACAGCCCAGCAGGGAGAGGGACAUUAUUUACCAACCAGAAUGGACAAGCUGGACCUGCCAAGUGCGCAUACUUUAACAAAGGAUCUCAAGACUAAAGCUAUUUAUUAUGUAAAUAUCAUGUAUAGAAUAAAUGUUUGUGUUUCCAUACAUGCUGUCCUAAAAUGUACUGUUAGACUCCUACACUAACACUGUUUUUUAUUUAAUGUUGUGAAUAUUUUCAAAACCACUACUCUGCUGCAUGUAAUGAGUUGAACAAAGCUUCAGUUCCAUAAAAUAUCUUCUUCAUGUAUUUAGUGAUGUUUCAUUGUACCUAAUAUCUAAUACCCUAAAUGCCUCUUAACCUUUUAAAAUAAAGAAAGGUAAGCCUCUUCAAAAUUUUAAGUGUUUAAUCACAAGUCCAAACUAAGUGGGUGAAUAAUACUAAAAUAUUUACAGGUAGAUGUGCUUUCUUCAGUUCAUUUAGUGUUAAAUUGAUAAUCAUUUAAAGAAACUGGCUUUCUAAAACUGAUUAUUUUACUUUAGAUUCACAUCAUAGGCACUUUUUUUUGUUGUUAUUCACAUCCUCAUGUUUUUCACAUUUUGUACCAUUAAAAAUACAAACUUUACUGUAUUUUAUUGGGAUUUUAUGAGGGAGGCCAGCCAAAGCGCAAACAACCCUUAAAUUCUGUCUUUAUGGGGAAAAAAAAAAAAAAAUCAAACAACCAAAAUGUGAGGGAACAACAAAAUUUAAGUAGAAAAAAUGAUUAUUGCACAACUAUUUACUGUUUUAUUAUGGGAGCUCUUAAGAACCAAAAUGUGGCCCCAGAGCUGUAGGUUUCCGACCCCUGUCUGUAUAGUAUACUGAAGUGUAGGUAAAAUGAUGGUUUUCAAAAAAUGUUUUGUAAAAAAACAAAAAACUGCAAA